ACCAAACUGUACCAGAAGGCAAAAGGAUCGACUGUAUGCCGCCGAAGGACGGAGCCCCAACCACGUGGCCCUGACUCAAACCAGAACACGUUCCAAACUGUCCCCAGUCCACUCGCAACCUCAAACCCGACAGCCCCGACCUUACCAUCCAAACGAACCGCCCCACACCGCAACGUGAAACCUCUCUUCCGCAUCUCAACCACCUACUCAACCAUCGCAGCCAGAGCUAUCUCAUUCCAACGUCAGCUCCUCACUGGUAUCACGCCCCACCAGCUUGCUCAAAAUGGGCUCUACCACCAAGUCCGCGCCGGAGUGAGCGACACCGCUUGCUGCUUCACCUGUGAGGCCGUGGUCCCGCUGAUGCCAUCCAGGAAAACCCAAAAUACACAAAGAAGACUGCUUAUGGCAAGUUAUUGCCAUGACCUUAAACUGUUUAUACCGUCUCCACUUCUUCACUCCCACACACCCUUUUCCGCAAACCCAUCUGGCCAGAUCUCCGCUGCCGAAUCUAGCUCUCGACCCAACCCUACAAUCGUGAACCAAGCGGAACACGACCUCAGACUUCUUACUGCUGCUAGCACCGCGACCAGCCACCGUUCCUCCAUAACCUAUCCAACCCACCCCGAAGAUCACAUCUCCCACGUGUCAAAACAAACCUACGCCUCUGUUCUCCAGCAACCCACCACAUCUUUACCGCCACCGACGACUAGACCUCAACUCACACCUCUUAAUCCCCCAGUUACAAUCGAAGAACUUCGCCGCCGUUUUCACAACAAACCGUCGCCAUUUGAGCUUGAGAAAAGAAAAACGAAACGCCAAAAGACCACAUCCGUCGCCCAAUCGUUGUCUAGGUUCGUGAACUCAGCAUGA